AUGUGUCUGCUUCAGAGUUUUGAUGUUGAAAAUGGAGGAGCACAAGGGCGCAGUCCCAUUGACGGGGGCAGUCCUUCAUCCGGGCUGGUCCUACAGAAUCUUCCACAGCGGCGCGAGUCUUUUCUCUACAGAUCCGAUUCCGACUACGAACUAUCACCAAAGAAUAUAUCCCGCCAUUCCUCCAUGCAGCAUGGUGGUGAUAUUCUGCAUGCCGAGGACCUGAUUGUGACUCCAUUUGCCCAAAUCCUGGUCGGUCUACGGAGUGUUCGCAACAACUAUAUCUCCUUGACCAACAUGACGGGUCAAAAAGACAGAAGUAAGCAAGGAAGUUCUUCAGGUACCCAGAGCCAUGGCCUUUUGUCUCAGCAAGCACAGUCACCGCAACGGAAUAAUAUGCAAAACCUCUCGCCAAGUUCUGCCGAUCCCCAAGUGGCUGAUGAAUCCUAUAUGCAGUUGGCUAAGGAGACCUUGGAUGAACUAGAUUGGUGUCUGGAUCAGUUGGAAACGAUUCAGACACACCAGUCUGUCAGCAACAUGGCAUCAGUCAAGUUCAAACGGAUGUUGAACAGGGAAUUAAGUCAUUUUGCUGAGUCUAGUAAAUCAGGAAAUCAAAUUGCUGAGUACAUCUGUAACACAUACUUAGACAAACAGCAAGAUUUGGACAUUCCAACACUGAAGGUUGAACAAGGCGAACCAAUCAAAGACAUACAGGAAGGGAACCGGCCCAUGUCACGCAUCAUCGGGGUGCGCAAACUCGAGCAUGCCAACAGCUUCACAGGAAUUGUGCCAAAGUUUGGUGUUGAAACACCAUUCAAAGAAAAACUAAGUAUACACUUGAACGAUGUCAGCAAAUGGGGUGUUGAUGUGUUCAAAAUUUCAGAAUUCUCAAACAAUAGACCUUUGACCUCAAUUACAUAUACAAUAUUUCAGGAAAGAGAUUUAUUAAAAACGUUCCAGAUUCCCUCUACAGUUCUAGUGAACUAUCUGAUGCACAUAGAAGACCACUACCACCGAGACGUCCCCUACCACAAUGCAAUCCAUGCUGCUGAUGUGACACAGUCCACGCAUGUCCUCCUCAACGCGGGUGCCCUUGAGAAUGUGUUCACGGAAUUAGAAAUUUUGGCAGCCAUAUUUGCUUGUACAAUACACGAUGUGGAUCACCCAGGAGUUACAAACCAGUAUUUAGUCAACACUGCUUCUGAACUUGCUGUGAUGUACAAUGAUGAGUCCGUUUUGGAAAACCAUCAUCUGGCCGUGGCCUUCAAGUUGCUGCAAGAAAAGAACUGUGAUAUAUUCGCCAAUCUCAGCAAGAAACAGAGGCAGACGCUCAGAAAGAUGGUCAUCGAUAUGGUUUUGGCGACCGACAUGUCCAAACACAUGAGUCUGUUGGCCGAUCUGAAGACGAUGGUGGAGACGAAGAAAGUGGCUGGGUCUGGCCUCCUCCUGCUGGACAAUUACACUGACCGAAUACAGAUUCUACAGAACAUGGUGCACUGUUCUGACCUGAGUAACCCAACGAAGCCUCUCGAGCUGUACAAGAUAUGGGUGGAGCGCAUCAUGGGCGAGCUCUUCCACCAGGGCGACAUGGAGCGUGACCUCGGGCUCGAUAUCAGUCCAAUGUGUGACCGCGAGUCCGCCACCAUUGAAAAAUCUCAGGUUGGUUUCAUCGACUACAUCAUUCACCCACUGUGGGAGACAUGGGCAGACCUCGUGUUUCCCGACGCUCAGCACAUUCUCAACACCCUGGAGGAGAAUCGCGAGUGGUACCAGUCGAGGAUUCCAAUCAGCCCCUCAUCGAGUUUCUGUAGCAAUAAGUCUGACGAGAAGGACGAUGAAUCAAAGUUUCAGUUUGACAUUGACGAGGAUGUGGCUCCUGCACCGGGACAGUUGGAGAGCAAUCAAGUGGUACUUCAAAUGUCCAAGGAGAACCACCAUCCUCUAAACAAACAUCCUGACCAUCGGAGUGUCGACAAAAAGUGAUGUAGUAUCUUCACUUUACACAAUGUUCACAACAAGGCUGUGUGCAAAAUUUAGACAGAAAAUAAAAACAAAACCAACAAACACACAAAACAACAAAACCAAACAGCAGCCAGACCACGAGUGCAAAGCUGUAGCCAGGCUAAUGUGUUGGGCUAAUGUGGCUACCUGUUGGACUGCUUGUAGGAUGACUCAGGGAAGGUGAUAUAUGGCAAGAGAGAGAAUCAACGAACCCUACACAGCUUGGCUGGUUUCACCAAACGAAAAACACAAAAACAAAAUGCGAUUACCUAAGUUUUCUUGCUCACAUCAACUAUAUGUGAUCUCCAGCAUGUGUGUGUGUGCGCGUGUGUUGUUCGUCUGAUUUUAUUGCUGUUAAAUCAGUCAUUGCCAUCCAGUUCGUAGAACAUGCAAAAAAAACCCAAAAAACAAACCCAAAAAACCCACAGCCAUGGUAGCAGUGACUGCCUAGUAGGAAGGGAGACAACUCUAGUGGUUCAGUGACUGUUUGUCGACGUUUUCUGAGUAAACUAUGCUAAGUUAGCAGAAGCCAGACUUUGUGCUGUAGCCUUUGUGUGUUAAAAUGUCUCAGUUCACCACGUGGUACAUCGGAGCUUACAGACUUAUCCGGCUGUGGGCUUGCUUAUAAUUAAGCAUAUUGUUUAAUUUAUUGUAUCAGACAUUGCAACAAGUAUUGGAAUGGGUAUUUCUGGAAGCUGUGAUAAUUUUACUUCCUCUAAUAGAGAAUUGUUAUUAAUGCAAUGUUUAUAGACUUAUGUGGUUGUAAGUUGUUUAUUUUAUGUGGGUGUUUUUUUUUCGUGUUUUUUUUUUCAUCAGUAUAGAAAGGCCAUUAGAAAUAACAACAGAAGCCUGUUUUAUUCACUCCAAAUUCAUUAUUACAGAUGGCGGUUAAAAUCAUCCAUUUACAUUAAAUUCAUUAUCUAUCUCUUCAUCUUAAAUUCAUGAUAUUUUUCAUUUAAAAUUGUGACUGUUUAUUUAUAUAACGUUCAUAUAGCACCUCAUCAUGAAUGACUAUUUUAUGAACUUAAAUUCAUUACAUUCAACCAGUCUGUUUUCCUCAUUAUGCACUCAGGGGUGUAGUUAGCAUGCCCCACUGUGUCUCAUUACUGAAGAUCUAAUACUGUUGUCAUGUUUUCAAAAAGGUGACACAACGAUGUAAUGACAUCAGUCACAAAAUCGAGUACUGCCAUUUAAGCAUAUCAAAAUCAUUCAGAUUUGAGAAAGCCAAUGUCCAGAUUUCAUGACUGGAGAUGGUUGUGCCCUGUUAGUCAUAUCAAAAUCACAAGAAAUGUCUUUUACUUCUUCAGUAAUCACAACAACUGAGAUUGUCAUUCUCCUAGCUUCAAGACAUUGCUGUAGAUGUUAUUACCUUUCUCAUGAUUAAAACAUAAUGGCUGCAAGUAACAUCCUUGUCAUGAUUAUUCAUGAUUGCCCUUCUUUAAUAUUAAAAAUCUCUAGUUCAUUACUUUUCAAAAUCAAGAUUAAAGAAAUUACAAUUUUUGAGACUUUAUUUUCAUAAUUAUUGUGAUUAACUCUACUCACAACAUCAAAUUAAUGUAACAAUAACAACCUCAUGAAUCUAAAAUCAUGACAAAAGAUAUCACACCUUUUGAUUCUAAAGUCAUGACCACAAAUAUUAUACAUCUCACGACAUUGUCCAUCUCAUAACUAAUAUCAGGAUAACAGAUACUGUCCUUGUCAAAACUAAUAUCUCGAUAACAGAUAUUGUCCUUGUCAUAACUAAUAUCAGGAUAACAGAUAUUGUCCUUGUCAAAACUAAUAUCAGGAUAACAGAUAUUGUCCUUGUCAAAACUAAUAUUAGGAUAACGGAUAUUGUCCUUGUCAUAACUAAUAUCAGGAUAACAGAUAUUGUCUUUGUCAUAACUAAUAUUAGGAUAAUAUCUGGACAGUAGAUAUUGCCCUUGUCAUAACAAAGAUCUGGACAACAGAUCCUUUAUCAUAUCAUACCAUUUUCAUGUUUUUAGUAUCAUAACAUUACCAUAGAUCCUUGUAGCUCUGAUUCAAGAUAUCAAAUGUUGCCCAUGACAACAGAUUUCAGUAUGGUCAUAACUCAAAUAUCAUUACAACAGAUAGUCAUUGUUUUCACUCCAGUAUCAUGCUAUUAUAUUGUACUCAUUCUCAUAAAUCCAGUAUCAUGACAAUUGAUGACUUUUGACAUAACAAUCAUUGUUGUAAAUAAUAUACCAUUGUUACUAAACAUCAUGGCUCAGAACCACCAGAGAUGUCACUCGUGCUGUCCUAGAAUUAAAACCUGUCUUAAAUAAAUGCAGUUUUAAAAGAG